CCUGAACAGCUCAUCACCGGCAAGGAGGACGCAGCCAACAACUACGCGCGCGGCCACUACACCAUCGGCAAGGAGAUCAUCGACGGAGUCAUGGCGCGCAUUAAUAAAAUAUCAGAAGCUUGCUCGGGAUUGCAGGGGUUCUUCAUUUUUCACUCGUUCGGUGGUGGCACCGGAUCGGGUUUCACCGCUCUGCUCAUGGAGAGGCUGUCAUGUGAAUAUGCCAAGAAGAGCAAGCUGGAGUUUGCCGUUUACCCGUCACCAACG